AAAAAAUGAAAAAAAAAAAAUAUAUCGAGGAAAAAGCCAGAUAGCCAUUGGAAUUUUCAACCAUAGGUUUAUAUGAAUUACUUCGAUAAUAGAUAAUUCAUUGGACGUUGUGCGUAUAACUGAGGCUAGGAAAUAUAAUAGACCAGAAUGCUCUUCCGAAAUGUGUUUUCCAGUGCUGCAAUUUUCUUUAUAGCGCAGCAUAUCAAUGCUGACAUCAUAGAUCAUAAAAAAGACAAUCAAGCCUCUCCUGCUGAUACUCCAGGGCAUAUGUCUUUGCCUGGUUUGUUUGAGCUUGAGAGCAUUGAUGAGCUAAAACUUAACUGGGAAACUUACAAUGGUAUAAGACUUGAUACCGGUAGACUUCUUUUUGAAAACGGCCCGGGGUCUGUUUGGUCAACUCCACAAUUGGCUAAUACAAGAGAUGAAUGGACUAUUGAAACUACAUUUAGAUUGACUCCCAAAAACGGUGACUCUAACAUCCAUCACGAUCAAUCAAAUGGGUUGGCAUUUUGGCUUAUAAACCCUUCCAACACUGGCCCAAUAGACGAUCGUAAUGUUAAUAAUUAUGGUGGACCUUCACAAUUUGACGGGUUUCAGUUUUUGAUGAACAAUAAAGAUGAAACAGGAUUGAAGAUAUUCGCAAAUGAUGGAAGCAAGGUCUUACUGAAUUCUUUAUCGGAUUCGAUUGGUAAUUGUGGAUUUAAUUUUUUACAAUCAGAUAUCCCAUACAGUAUAAGAGUUUCUUAUUCUAAACAAAGAAACUGGUUUAAAGUUCAAGUUGAUAAUAACUUAUGUUUUAAAACUAAUGCCAUUGUUUUACCUGAUGAAAUUGAUGAUUUCAAAUUUGGGGUAUCUGCUAAUAUUGGUGACACUUCAGAAUUUUUCGAACUUUUUGGAAUUAAUGUAUGGUCUCAUUUAACUAGUGAUGCUAUUGAUGAUCAUGGAUUGAUUAAUAGUGGCCAAGUAAAAGUUGAUGCUGACACAGUGGUUGUAAAGGAUAAAUCAGACAAUUUUGUUCCUCCUUCGUACAUAAGGGAAUCAUUAAUGGAAAGAACUAGAAGACAACAAGAAGAAAUUGCAAAACAACAAAGUAAUGGAUUGUCCAAUGAUGGACUCAAAGAAAUAUCUCAAAAACUUGCUCAAGUAGAACAAUCAAUAAAUAAUAUCAAAUUUGGUGACGGUUCAUCAGCCCCAUCAUAUGAUAUCAAGGUCUUGGAAACGUAUAUUCAAGAUAUUAAAAAUGUUCAAAGCCAACAAUCACAGAUUUUAAGUGACUUACAACAAAGUUAUACCGAUUUUAAAUCUACAAUCACCCAGCAAUACUCUCAAAUGUUGAGUGCAGUAUCUAAAUUGAAUGAAAAGGUCAUUGGUGAAGUUAGAGAACACCAAUUCAGCAUGGAAGAAGUGGGUAAAAAAGUCGAUUUGCUAAUGGCAAACCAUAAAGAAAUAUCUCAUCAAUAUCAAAACCAACAACCCCUUCAGAUUCCAAAAACAGACUAUCCAGGUACUAUAGUUAAAUGGAUAUUAAUUAUUAUCUUUGCAAGUAUUUUGGUAUUAACUCUUGUUAUUUAUAGAUUAAGACAUGAUAUCAAACAUUCCAAACUUCUUUAAGCAUAUAUGUUUGUUUACAAAGUAUAGUUGUUCUUGUAUAAAUACAUUCGACUCAAC